AUGAACUCUUCAGUACCAUGGCUCUUGCUGUUUUCUGUGGGUUUCUUCUCCUGCCUUCCUUCCACUGACUCUGACCAAUCAUCAAGUGAUAUUGCUUUAGCUUAUAAAGACUUGUUAUUGUUUUCGACUCUGGAUGGGAAGCUGUUUGCUGUUGAUAAACUAACAGGAGACACCCUGUGGAAACUGAACAGCAAGUCUCCCAUUGUUACCCAUCUCUCUUCAUCAAGCUACCUCUACCUCACUGACCCUAAAGAUGGCUCCUUAUACAUGUCUGGACCCCAAAGUGAUGGGAUUAAGAGGCUACCAUUAACCAUACCUGAAUUAGUAAAGAUAUCUCCCUGUAGCAGCUCAGAUGGUUUACUCUACUCAGGCUCUAAGCAGGAUAGUUGGAUAGCAGUUGAUGCCCUCACUGGUAGAAAGCUUUACUCCUUUAGCAGUCAUGAUGGAAUGAACUCAAUGUGUCCACCUAACCAAUAUGGGAGCAAUAAGAUUAUACACAUACCUUCCAUUGAAUACAGAGUAGCUGUUCUGGACAGUAAAACGAAGCAAAUAAAAGUGAACAUCACCUACACUCAGUAUGGUACUCAGUCUUACACAGCAAGACAAUCACAAGGUUUGGGUUCAUUAACAAUCAUUUUUAACUUGCUGGGCCCUCCAGGUGACAAGGUCUGGGAGAAGGAUUUCGGCUCCCCGGUUGUUGGCAUUUAUUCGCUAGAGAAGUCACAAGUUUUGCGUAGCAUACCCUUUACAUCAAUCAAUGACGAUACCCUCCAGGGGAUGACGGCAUCAAGAGCACUGGCUAUUAAGAACGGACUCUAUAGCCUAACGCCAACGGACACUAUUUUACAAUCUUCGUUUUUUGUUGGAGACCACAAUGGUCAGAUGUAUGUAAUGAAUGCCUUGACUGAGGAAGGGAGCAUGCAAGAGUUGCCUCUCAAUGUUCCUCUAAUUGAUGGGCCUCAGCCUCAAGUCACUAGCCUUGAUCAUCCAUCAUUCUCUGGCCAUUACCCACUCCCCGAGGACAGCAGGAUAAAGAUAGAGCAGUUGUUAUCAGAGAAAUGGAGCCAAGAGAAGUACAAGAUUGGGCCUACAGUACAGAAUAAAGAGCCUUUACAAGUUGUUGAUGGUGGUCAUAUUGAUGGACCUGGUCCUGAUGUAUUAGGUUUCUCAUUCAGUUUAUUGCUAGUGGUGGCUGGCACUGUAGUGUUCUCUUCUCUUGUUGCUUCAGUCGUGGCUGUGCUAGUAACUAAAUCAACACAAAAUGUUCCUCAUAAUCCCAGUCCCAUUCCUACACCUGAUAGUUCAAAGACUGGUUCCCAUACCAGUAAGACUCAUUCCCAAACCACUGACAACAGUAAAGGUGGUGGAGCUAUUGAAGCUACUGAUGGAGAGAGAGGAAGCAACAGGUCCAGUAUUGCUUUAUCUGAUUCUACACAGAGUAUAUACAGGAACG